AUGCAUAUCCUGUCACUUGCUUCUCUCCUCCUCACCGUCACCAGGUCCGCAAAUGCCAUCGUCGGUGGCACAGAGGCAACCGAGGACCAGGGUCCUUUUGUUGUCGGAUUGUCGAGAACCAGUAUCUUUUGCGGUGGGACUUUGACUAGCCCGAGACACGUGCUUACCGCAGCAUGUUGCGUUGAGGGUAAACCAACGACAAGUCUGAAAGUCUGA